AUGGCCGAUCCAAAUCUCUACACGUAUGCGUCUCCUCUGAAAGGCUACGAAGGCCUCAAGCCAUUACCUGAUGAGAGGGCUGAGGACGGGAAAUCCUACGUAAACCCACCAGCCGAGAAGAAGAGCGAAGCAUACAAGUCCUUUGUAGCUCCUAUAACCAACGGGAUUCGAGGAGGCUUUGACGUUCACAUUUACUUCCUCCAGUCUGAUAAAGAGGAGUACGAAGUCCCCGAGUUGCGCAUCUACCGAGUAUGGGAUCGACCCAUUGGUCCUCACCCUCUCGCCAUGUUUGAAGUCAACAUUUUCACGCCCGAGCAAUUCGGUGCUUUCAUCCCCUGGCUCGUGAUCAACAGGGGGCCAUUGUCUGCACUGAUUCAUCCAAACACCGACGAUGAGUUAAGAGACCAUACUCAGAGAGCGACGUGGAUGGGGCAACCGCUGCCUGUGAGCACAAAGAUGUUCAAGAAGACGGCGGAGACAUUGUAA